AUGGAGAAAGCUUCAGUGACCUUAUCUCUCUCUCCCACUCUCUCAAUCGACCACUACAUCCCAAAAUACAUACCACAACAUUCAUCUUCUUCAAUCUCAUACAUCAAUCCAUCUUUACCUCCACCUCUACAAGAUUCAUGUAUAUAUAACAUUGAAUCACCAACAAAAAUCUGCAAGAUUUCAGUACUUAUUAGCAAUUCGAUGAUUGGUAUGAAGAAUAAUAGGCAUAAGGGACCUCUGAUCCAUGGUUUUCAUCUGAUUGAGAAGGCUAAUCACGAACAAGGCAGUGACAGGGAAGGCUCGGGGUGCUUAAGUAGCUCCUGCGCUUCUUCUGUCUCGGAAGGAAGGUGCGAAGGUGGGGAAUCAAAAGGGGGCUGUCGCCUCGAUUGUUUUCUCCGGGGAAACACCCACUUCGGUGGUGGGUUCAUGCUAGGGAACGAAGAAGAAACUGAGGAUGAAAGGGGGAAAGGCAGCAACGAUCACAAUAGUCUUCUUGGGUGGGGGAGUUUAGUGACUAUGAUCGACAGGUGGAAAGGGUGGAGCAACAAGGGGCUGUUGCCUCGAAGUCUUGUCGGAAUUGGCCAUCACCCGAAAGAGAAGACAUGCGAAGUAGAAGAGGCAGCUGCCUCUGGUUCUUCUUCUUGA